GUGGCAGUAUUCCAGUCGAUAGCUCGAGAUUUACUUGGCAUGUGCUGUGAGUCGUUAGAGGCUGCCGCUCUACAUAUUGCUGCAUCUCCAUCUAAAAAGGCAGGCCACACUAAGAAGUUGGACGGUGAAUUGUUUCUUGUUAAACAUCUGCUCAUUUUGCGGGAGCAAACGACCCCGUACAGACAAGCUGCUCAUAGUGUGGAUUCGGGUAACCUAGUAAUUCCAGUUUCGUUCCUUUAG